GUAAUAAAGCAGUUUCAGAUCUCACAGCGAUGCCAUCCCCGAUCAACGUCGUUCGCAUAAUUGUAGUUCGAAUGUUUUACAAAUUACUAGUGCAAAUGUAUUGAGGAGACGCAAGAAGGGUAAAUGGAAAAAUUCUUACAUAGUUCUGAAGGAGAAAGAUGGGUCGCAGUUGCUUAUAUAUGAUAGUGAAACAUUUACGAAGCCUAAGUUGAUAUUAGAUCUGUGUUAUUGCUUCCUUUACAAAAUCGACGAGAGCGUGGUUCAUCGCGCGAAUUGUAUUUUUAUCACCUCUAACGGGUCGGACAUAUGCUUCUCGGUAUACCUCGCCUUCUUUUCGUUUUAUGAAUUUCUUCUGUGGUUUGGAUUUCUUAGAAAACGUUGUGUCGGGUGCCGGCGUCCUGCUUCGCCUUUUGCUGUUCUUUCUGCUAAUCUGUCGGAAAAAUUCAGUUCACUUUCUUUUGUGUAUCUGACAAUCUGUGACUAUAGGUAAAG